CAGUCAGUCAGUCAGCCAGUCGCACUGUGCACUUCUCAUUGGUUUAGCUCUCCAUACACCCUUUUCCACAGUAUUUCCGCCUUUAUAUUUUUGUUUCCGCGAGGGAAUGAGUUGUGCGAAUUAGACAUAGGUAAUUUUAUACAAGAGCGAGAUUUUUACAUCAGCAGGAAUCUUGAAAUCUGCAGUCAUGUCAGACCGGGGUUCUUUCGACACUAAUGUUGUGACUUUGACGAGAUUUCUGCUUGAAGAGGGCAGAAAAGCCAAAGGCACAGGCGAGCUGACAACACUCCUGAACGCGAUGUGCACGGCUGUAAAAGCCAUCUCGAGCGCUGUCAGGAAAGCAGGUAUCGCGCACCUGUAUGGCAUUGCUGGAAGUACCAAUGUGACAGGUGACCAGGUUAAGAAGCUGGACAUCCUUACCAAUGACCUCGUCAUAAACAUGAUCAAAUCCUCAUUCACCUCAUGUGUACUGGUCACUGAGGAACAUGAACACGCAAUCAUUGUGGAGCCAGAUAGACGGGGUAAAUACGUGGUCUGCUUUGACCCUCUUGAUGGAUCAUCCAACAUUGACUGUCUUGCUUCAAUUGGGACCAUCUUUGCCAUCUACAGGAAGUGCACAGACAGCGACCCGUCUGAGAAAGAUGCCCUUCAACCUGGCAGAAACAUAGUGGCUGCUGGAUAUGCACUUUAUGGCAGUGCAACCAUGAUUGUCCUCUCCACAGGUCAGGGAGUCAACUGCUUCAUGUUAGAUCCAGCUAUUGGCGAGUUCAUUCUGGUUGACAGAGAUGUGAAGAUUAAGAAGAGAGGCAAGAUCUACAGUCUGAAUGAAGGUUAUGCCCUUUAUUUUGAUCCUGCCGUCACAGAGUACCUGCAGAAGAAAAAGUUUCCAGAGGAUGGCAGUGCACCCUAUGGAGCGCGUUAUGUAGGCUCAAUGGUGGCAGAUGUGCAUCGGACGCUUGUUUACGGAGGAAUCUUCCUUUACCCUGCAAAUGUGAAGAGCCCCAAAGGAAAGCUCAGACUGCUCUAUGAGUGCAACCCCAUGGCCUUCAUCAUGGAACAGGCCGGAGGGAUGGCCACCACAGGGACCACCAACAUCCUGGACAUCCAGCCCGAGAUCCUCCAUCAGCGGGUACCUGUGGUGAUGGGUUCCCCUGAUGAUGUCCAAGAGUACAUCUCCAUCUUUCAGAAACAUCAUAAAUGAAGAGCAAUAGUCAGAAUGUAUAACAAA